GCUGAGCUCUGGGCCAGGGCGUGUUCUUUGUCCGGGGGCUCGUUUGGCACAGUCGUGUGCGUCUCUCGCCACCGGGGUUCGUCCCGCGGAAGCCUGUCGUCCCACCCCACCCGGACAGGUGCUGCCCUCCGCGACCAUGUCCAAGUCUCUCAAAAAGUUGGUGGAGGAGAGUCGGGAGAAGAGCCAGCCGGAAGUGGACAUGAGCGACCGGGGCAUCUCUAACAUGCUGGAUGUCAACGGCUUGUUCUCCUUAUCCCAUAUCACACAACUGGUGCUGAGCCACAACAAGCUAACAACUGUGCCAGCAAACAUAGCAGAACUGAAGAAUUUGGAAGUGCUCAACUUUUUUAAUAACCAGAUUGAGGAGCUGCCCACGCAGAUCAGCAGCCUUCAAAAACUCAAACACCUGAACCUCGGCAUGAACAGGCUAAACACUUUGCCUCGAGGAUUUGGCUCUCUCCCAGCUCUUGAGGUCCUGGACUUGACGUACAACAACUUGAGUGAAAAUUCUCUUCCUGGAAACUUCUUCUACCUUACCACCCUGCGUGCACUCUAUCUAAGUGACAACGAUUUUGAAAUCCUGCCGCCAGAUAUUGGGAAGCUCACAAAGUUGCAGAUACUCAGCCUUAGAGAUAACGACCUGAUCUCACUGCCUAAGGAAAUCGGGGAGCUUACGCAGCUUAAGGAACUCCACAUUCAGGGAAACCGCCUGACUGUUCUGCCCCCAGAACUAGGAAACUUGGAUUUAACUGGUCAGAAGCAGGUAUUCAAAGCAGAGAACAAUCCCUGGGUUACCCCAAUUGCUGACCAGUUCCAACUUGGAGUGUCCCAUGUUUUUGAAUAUAUCCGCUCGGAGACAUACAAGUACCUCUACGGUAGACACAUGCAGGCAAACCCAGAACCACCAAAGAAGAAUAAUGACAAAUCGAAAAAGAUCAGCCGGAAACCCCUGACAGCCAAGAACAAAUAAGCGGUUGGCAUGAACUGGACUUCUGAACCCUUCUCUCAGUAACACUUCUGUCUUCUGUUCGCUGUCUCACAAAUAAAUACAAUGUGUGUAUGGCUUUUUUUUUUUUUUUCACUUUCUUUUUCUAGUGCUUACCACCCCACCUUUUAAAUUCUUUUGGUAGGUAGUGGAUUGUUAUAAGGUCUUAAAACCAGUUCUAUUUGUUUCCUUAAAAUUGCCAAAGACAGGAAACAAAGCCCUAAUUCAACUGCAAAUUCCCAGGUUCCAGCUCCUUGAAAAGCAUUGCAAGUUUGCGUAUUAUUAAAAGAAUAAUUAAAAUCAUGUAACCAUUUAAAUGUCACAGUUAACACUUUUUACUCUUUUUGUUUAUUCACGUACCUCAUUAUUUCACUUUAUUAAAAAUCUUCCUUCACCACCGAGAUAUGAUGUUAAUUUAACUUACAAAUGAUUUUAAUAAAAUCUUGAACUUGUAUUACAUGUUGCUUCUUGACUAGAAUAGAGAACAGUCUGAUCUUGGGGUAUACACUUUUUCUUAACUUUUUUCCCCCCAAACUGUCCAAUUUUAUUGGCUGUAGAAGAUAAAGUCUGAAACUUUCCAUGAAAGAAAUGCAAAAUAAAAUCAGUGUUAGUUUCUUCUUACA